AUGGGCAAGAAGCUAGCGCAACCAAUGAUCGUCACUAAGCCGGAUGUGGUGAUUGUAGGCGGCGGUGCAGGUGGCGUGGCCGUCGUUCUGCACCUUAUUGAGCAAGCCAAGAAGGGACGAGUGCUUCAUGAAAUUGCCAUCAUAGAGAAGAGAGACAUCCUGGGUCCCGGCCUGGCCUUCUCCACCGACUGCCAUGGCACGAUUCUCAACAUGCACUCCGAUACGAUGGGCAUCUACAACGAAAACCCCCGAGACUACACACAGUGGCGCAAGAGCCACGAGGACGGACCCUUUCCCUCCCGAGUAGACUAUGGCACAUACCUUCAAGAGCGCUGGCUACGGGCCAUUGAAGAAGCGCAUGGUCUUGGCAUCACGAUUGCGUCCGUCCAGGCUGGCGUAACAGACAUUGACCGUGUCGGGGACUCCUGCUUCAUGGUCACGCUCGACAAUCAAAGCACCCUGACCGCCCACUCGGUCGUCCUCGCCCUCGGCAACUUUACCGGGUCGGCCAACGCCCACCUCGUCGGCAAGCCAGGCUACUACCCCAACCCGUGGCCCACCACGCAGCUCCGGGCCAUCCCGCCCACGGCGCACGUCCUCGUCGUCGGCUCGCGGCUCUCGGCCGUCGACGCCGCGCUCUACCUCUCGGAGAACGGCCACCAGGGGCCCAUCACAUUCAUGUCGCGCAGCGGCAAGCUGCCGCGCGUGCAGGGCGACCCCGUGCCCAACCCGCGCCGCUACGUCCUGCACGAGCUCGCGCGCCAGGUCGAGGGCAACCCCAACGAGAGCCUCCUGCGCCUCACCAGCGCCCUGGUCGAGGAGAUCUCGCUGGCCACCGGCGGCGACUGGAGCUGGAUGCUGGAAAAGGACUCGCCGCUGGAGCAGCUCGAGACGGACCUCGCGGCCGCGCAGGAGGGCAGGGUAUGCUGGCAGUCUAUCCUCAACGGCACCGCCCCGGUGAUUGAGAGAUACUGGAACUCACUGUCGCCGACGAGUCAGCAGCUCUUCAUGGAGAAGUUCAACAGUGCUUGGAUGACGUACCGUCAUGCGAUGCCCGUCAAGAAUGCCAAGCGUGUUCUCAACCUGCUCAAAAAGUCCCAGCUUCAGGUCGUGCGAGGCGACAGUAUCUCUUGGGACGGCAUUUUCAAGGCCAAGACCUCGGCCGGUGUCCUGGAGACCCCGUAUGUCGUCGAGGCUACUGGUCAAGAGAGCCACUUCAACCGCAUCAACUCUCCCCUGCUCAAGUCGGCGGUUGCCAAGGGCCUGCUGACGCCGCACGCCGCCGGUGGAGUCGUGGUCGAUUUCCAGAGCCUGCAAGCAUCAAAGGGCCUUUACGUCAUGGGAUCACUGACAAGAGGCACUCACUUCUAUGUCAGCGCCACGGAUCGUGUGGCCGCCCACGCGUCCCGCAUCGCAAAGUCGCUCACCUCGGAGCCAUUCUCCUCCCAUCUACACACUGCCAUCUUUGUCGGCGGCGACCUUGUCUCUCAUCUAAUGGCCAGUAAGCUGGUCCCCGAGCUCAUCCAAGCCGGCCACGUACCAUAUCUAUUCCUGGCAUCCUCAUCUGCUUCCGAGUCCAAGAAGCAAAAGGGGGCUCUCUCCGAGUUCCCCGAGCUUGCUUUUUUCGAGAACGAGCUGUUGCAGAAUCAUGUCAUUCCCUACUUCAAAGACAAGAACGCAGAGGAUGCCAAGAGCCCGACUGUCCGCCAAUUAGCCACGAAGUACGGCAUCUUGGUGCAGCAGCUUCCUGCGCCUGGCGACAAGUCAUUUGCCGAGACUAUGAGCAAGCAUCACAUUGACGUCGGCUUGUCCCUCAUCUCUACCGAUAUUUCCAGCGACGACGUCUUGGGAUACUUUUCCAACGGCAAGAAGCUCCUGCACCUACACUCGGAGAACCUGUCGUCGUACCGCGGCGUCAUGUCCGCCGCCCGCGCGAUGAAGAACAAGGAGAGCCACUUCAUCUACUCUCUCCGUGAGAUGAAGCAAAACACCACUCUCGGUUCUGUCAUUGACGUUCGCAAGCAUGCGAUUGAUUACUCCAAGUCCACGCUCGCCUGCAUGAACGACGUGUACGCUCUCGGCAUCGACAUGACCCUAAGCGCGGUGGGCAAAAUCGCCCGCGGCGAGGACCUCGGUGCUGUAAACUCCGUCGACGAGAGCGACGUGCCUAGCCGUCCAUCCAAAGAGGAGCUGGACGAGUACGCCGCCAGCAUCGUCCAGAUCUUGGUUGAUUCGUUCGCCUCGACACAAAAGAAGGACGAUUUCCAGUCACAUAUCCUGGGAGUCGUUAGGGAGUGGUCGGACAAGAACUAUGCCCAGGCAUGA